AAAACCUGUUUGACGAUGAUGAUGCUCAGAAAGCUGAUACAAGUAGUAUGCUAGGCGGUGGAGCUUCUACAAGUACUGCUACUAGCGAAGGCCUUGGUGUUGGUGGUGUACAAGCACAGGUUGGAGCAGACCCGACUGUUGAUCCAACUCGUAGAAUCCUCGGCACAGUAAGUUCACGAGGUGACAUCAGGUUAGAAGAGCAGAAAGCACAAGCGGAAAAAGAUGCAGUCGAACUUCUAUGGAGGGAACUAGGGCUAAAGCCGAGUGAAGUAUUCGGAAAUCAAGCAACAGAUACAGCAAAACAAGAACGCCUCCUAGGGAAGUUUUUAGUCGCUGGCAGUGGAGUGUCAAAUCUAGCAGGGGCGACUACUUCAGCUAAUCUCAAGAACCCUUCCGCCCAAGCAGCAGGACGCCUGGGCAAAACAUCAUCGUCAACACAAUCACGAACGUUGUCUAGGAGUAGAUCACUAGACUUCGCCUCCC